AUGGCAAACUCUACCCUACCAGACGACGGCCAAUGGAACAGCAAACCAGCCUGGAAGCUGCCAGGAUGGUGCGAACCAGUUAUGGUCGCCAGUAUCCUUUUCUUCGCCAUGUUCAUAACACGGAAACGAGACUUCAAGAUCUUCGGUCGAUCAUCACAGCGGACCGGUUAUCUUGACAACACACCGAACGAAUCCACAGACCGCCUUCUGCAAUCAGACAGCGACAGCGACUUCGACGAGAUCAGCGCGACCAAGAACCCCAACGCACCCAAAGUCCGCAAUAUCCUCUGGUGGAAGGUCACAACACCCAGCACAUCGCGCUUUCGAAACAACAUACACAGUCGCAUACUGCAGCGUUUCCCGUUCUUGAUUGAGAUGUUCUACUGGGUCAUCAACUACGCAUUCUACCGCAUGACUGCCAUUGCAUCGGCCAAGCUCUUCGCCGGGCGAGGAAUUUGGGACGUAGCACAGGAACAUGGAAUCGCAGUACUAGAAGCGGAAGAAUAUGGUUUCCUGAGAUUCUUAUUCCCUGUCCGCGAAAGAGAUGUCCAACAGUGGUUCAUGCAUGGACACCAAGACGCUCUUACAGUGCUGAACAAGUGCUAUGCGCUGAUUCACAUUCCUGGAACGGUUGGAUUCAUUUGCUGGUACUACUACGUCGCACCGUCCUUUGACACUUUUGCCAUCGCCCGCCGAACCCUUACCUUGACCAACUUCUGCGCUUUCAUGACAUUUGUUGUAUACCCAUGCAUGCCACCACGACUUCUACCGACCGAAUAUGGCUUCCUUGACACUGUCCGCCACGACGACGCACAAAGUGUAUGGAUGAGCGGCAAGUUCGUCAACCAGCUCGCAGCCAUGCCAUCGAUGCACUUUGGCUACUCUUUCUGCAUUGGCAUGACCAUGAUCUACCACUCCGGUCUUUUCCGCCGCACCCUGGAACAGGGCGAAGUACGCAAGAACGCAUUCUGGAAGAUCUUCUACCUACUUCUAGGAAUCGGAUACCCUUCGUUCAUCUUGACAGUUAUCGUUGCUACGGCCAACCAUUACUUCAUGGACGCAUUGGUGGCUACCUGCUUCGUCUUCCUUUCCUUCCUUUGCAACAAGUUCUUUUACGUCUUCAUCCCGCUUGAGGAUCUCCUACUUUACGUUAUCCGAGCGGACAAACCCGUCCCCACAACUGGCGAUCGCUUCCACGAGAAGGGUGGCCGUCUGUAG